GGUAACAUUGAGUUCCUUGCUGUCAAGGCAGGCGCGUUUUGGUUCUAUGAGUGCAGAAAAUUGUGAUGUAAAAAGAGAAGAAUAAAUGUUUGUUGACCAUCAUGGCGAAUCCUAGGAAAUUUAGUGAAAAAAUAGCCCUCCACAAUCAAAAGCAGGCUGAGGAAACAGCCGCCUUUGAAAAAAUUAUGCGUGAAGUUUCCGACGCAACCAAUAAGGUGAACCCUAGUAGUCGUCGUGCAAAAGUCAAACCCCCUGAAACUGAGAUCAUUGAGAUCUUAGUACCAACACAGAGCCUGGGAACAUUCCGAAGUGGCUCUCUGCCUAAUGUUGCAGCACCCCAGCCAACGACUACAGAGCCAGAAGCCACUAAGCCCGAGGAAACCACGCUAGCGGCACAGUAUGGCCUCGGUGGUAGGAGCGGGGGUACUUCGCCUACGCCUCGAUCGCCGGGGCGAGGUAGAGCAUCCUCUUCCGUGGGGCCUAUGCGACGGCCAGCGGAUCGGAAACACGAUACGAGCCCUUAUGGAAGCAAUGUUUACCUUAGCCCCCCACCAGACAGCAGCUGGAGGCGGACGAACUCAGACUCAGCGCUACAUCAAUCGUGCGGCGAGCAGCAGGUGGUCGCGCAGCCCCUGUCACCGCAUCACCCCUUGCAUUCCCACGCCCACCCACACUUGCAUCCCCAUCAGAAUCAUCGACGAGGUGCAAAUAUCAAUCUCGACGUCCUAAACAUGGGAAUGAACCCAACGAACCGUCCGCGAUCAUCAUGUGAAAUACCAAGAAUACCUAACAAUAACAACGUAUACGAAAGUGGAGGGGACGGCGGGGGUGGCGGCGGCGGCGGGCUGAUGAGCGGCGAGCUGCAGGUGCCGGGCGGCUCGCUGCCCGACCUCACCUCCGUGCACUUCCCCCCGCCACACUACCUGCCGCAUCGGACCUCGCCUGACUACCACCAGCCCAGAUACAGUCCCACGUCGCCGGGCGCGGUGUCCCCCGGCGGCGGCAGCGUGUCCCCCGCCACGGGGGGCCUGUCCCCCGCAUCAGGGUCCCCAGUGGGCGCCACGGUGCCGCUUUCUACGAUACACCACGACCACACUCUCUACGACACACAAAAUCACUUAUCUGUACCAAACACAAAUAAUUAUCUUCAUCAUAAUAAGAAUAUGUCCUCAUUAGACCACGGCUGGAUCACAUCAAGUCAGUACCAGUCGCAGUGUAGUCCGCCCUCGCAAUAUUCAUCCACGUCGAAUAUCAACGUUCCUUCGCCAACGAUGGUGCACAGUCCAGGCAGUCCUGUGGAGUCGCCGCAAAAUGACUACAACAACCUUCACCAAGCCCUCUUACAACCGUUCGAGCAAAUCACAAUGGAUUGGGCGCAGCUGGUGCAGAGUCUCGUGGAGUCGGGCUGGACCGCGCACGUUCAGGUCGCGGAAAAUCUGGACCCCCCCACGUCGAACUACAACACGACGUAUAUGAACCACAGUUCGCCGCAUUCGCAGCAAACAACGAACUCAACGCACACAUACUCUCAGGCUUAUCACAGUAACGUGUCGCCGCACGGCGUCAACGUGCACGGCUCGCACGGGCACAUGGCGUACAGCGCGCACGGGCACGUGGAGCAGCAGGGGCAGGCGGCGCCCGAGCCGCGGCGCGCGCGCGACCCCGUGGCGGGCGGCGGCGCCUACUCCGCGCUGCAGCCGCUCGCCUCGCCCUCGCAGCCCGCCACGCCCGCCACCCCCGCCUCCAUACCCGACAUCAUACUGACAGAUUAUUCGGGUGAACUGGACCCCGGGAUAUUCGGCGGCGAGGAGGCGCAGCUCCGGGCGGGGUUAGACCUCGACGACCUCACGCUACUGGAAGAGCCCAGUGCGCUCCUGCCCGACUCGUCGGUCGAACACGAGUUCCGACUCGAUCGGCUCGACCACUUGUAGUACUGCGCCCGGCCCUCCGUCGCGACCCCCCUCGAGCCUGUCGGUCUGCGGACCCCUAGACCGCCGAGCCGACGAGCCUGACGCAGGGAGGAGAGGCGAGCGCGACGACUCCCUGUACUUCAUGACAAUUUGUAUCGUCUCAAGUCUGAGUUAGUGAAUACGGACUCGGUGUAGCCGCCGCGCAGUCUGCCGAGAGACAAAGCGGGAGAGUUGCGAGGCGACUCGAGUCGUCACACAUUCCCGGCGUGCGCGCCGCAUGAGCGCGAUGUGAACGUUGACCAGUCAAACUGUAACAAUUGAGUGAAAGUGUUCAUUGUGGUUUUAAAUGUUUUACUCAUGUUUUUAAUUCGGAGGGAUAGCGGUACGUCGUAGAUUAGAUUUUCUAAACGGUGAUCGAUCGACUCGUCGACGAUACGUGUACAGAUUGAUUAUUUUUUCAAUAAGUAUUUGUGAAUAUGUACUCGAAUAUCAUCAGUGAAUUAAUUUCGGAUUCAGAAUUUCGUGGUUCGACCGCCCCGGUCGGCGAUCUUGUAAAUAAAACUCGGAAGUGUUCACUUUAUAAAGUUGCAUUUAAAUCGCUAACGUUGCAUGCUAGUUUAAAAAGCGAACGUGUCGUUUAAACAAUCGUUGACGCGAUUCAAUUUUUCUAAAAUUUUUAUCUCUCUCGACUUUUUUAUAUUCACUAUCGUCUCUCAGCGAUUGCUCAAGCGUUGACUGAAACUUUAUCCGAAUAAUUCUUAUCCUAAAUAGUUCCACGAUUUACCACAAUUUUUUAAAUAAUAAAGAUUCGUCAGCACAGGCUUUUACAGACCUUACUCGGCAUGUUAAAUGCUCCGUGUUUCCGAUUUAUAUGUAUUCGAAUUAAAUAUCCUUGUAAAUAAAGAGUUGUUAAUAAAAAUUUACUAAGCUUUUGUCGCAAAACAUAUCUAUGUAUGUACGUGCGCGUGGUUGCGAAGCUGCGAUUGGUAAAUUUUUUUCGGUGACGUACGUGAAUCUAUAUAUAUAUAUAUAUAUCUAUAGAUACAGCACCCUUAAUACCUGCUUGAAACAUAAAUGCUUACUUAUCGUUAUCCCAGUUUGAUUGCCAAGUGAAAACGAGAGGUUGGACACCACUGGGGUCCGACCUCUCGCUCUAAUUUGUUAAUCGAAGUGGGAUAGCAAUACAUAGAUAUUUGCUUCAACUAGGUAUUAGGAGCGCCUGAUCUACCUACUUAUAUUAUACAUUCAUGGUGACGUUUGUUAUAUUUGACAAUGUAUACAAAUUCUGUUUAUUCUCAAUCGAUGUUGACGAAUAUAUGCAUUUUCACAGUAGUAGGACUACAUCGGAAGUUAAACUUUAUAGAGUAUAAGUUUCGAAAUAUUUAGUUUAAGUGUUCACUGUGCUCGCAAUGUUAUCGGGUCUUGUCUAUGCACGACAUUUUUUUUAAACAUUUGUACAAAUUAUCUAUAAAAUAUUGCGAGUACUUUGACGUUCGAGUAGUAACGUGUUUUUUUUUUCUUUUGUUAAUGCUCAUUUUAUUAUGUUUUACGAGUCUAGUCAUCAAGUUAUAUGAGUUUCAAAGCAAAUAGAACCUGUUUUGCGCCUCUGUUGGGAUCGAAAAUGGUCAUUUAUAUGCAGAUUUUAUUUGUCUCUCUGGACGAUGUUAAUGUAAAACUGUUGUUUACUCUUUAAUAUUUAGAUUCAGUUUCAUUGAAAGGCUUUUUAAGAGUUCCGUAGUCAACUAGUUGCAAAAGCAGCUUUCUUUUUAACAGAUUUUAAAUUACUUAGUAACUAACAGCUAUCUUUUAUUUUUUAAGUGUCUUCUGUAGGCGCGUUGGACUAUUUUGGUAUGGGUAAAAACUUCAAAGUCCCGUCACUGAAAUGCAAAUUUUUUGGGUAUGGGAAAUUAAUCUUAUCUACUGAAAAAUAAACUAAAAGGUGACCAUGAGCAUCUCCCAAAGAUUAGCUGGAGUUGCAAAUUCACGCACAAGCGUGUCAGCAAGAUGAAUGAGGACGAGCAACGCAACCGGGAAAGUUUUUUUUUUAUUCAGACACAACCUUUGACUGCAGUCACACCUGGUAGUAAGUGAUGAUACAGUCGAAGAUGGAAGCGGAUUAACCUGAAAGAGAUGUAGCAGUUUUUAUUAAACCCUUUUGGUUUCUACAUGGCAUCGUACUGGAACGCUAAAUCGGUUAGCAGCAAGUCUUUGCCGCUAGGGUGAUACAUAGCCACGGCCGAAGCCUCCCACCAGACUAAACAAGUGAUACAAAUGAAGCAUGAGCCAAAUGAUCGGAACGUGCGGAUGCGCUUCGAGGGAUGUGUGAGUUGCGGAGCCAUAUAUAGUCGUAUAGAUGAAUUGUAGAGGAAUUUCUAUUUAUCUAUACUCUAUCUACGGAAAGAAAUUAGUAUAGGGCUCUCUCUGUUAGGUCAUCCCAUACAAAUGAUAAAAUCUCAGUAAUUUGUCUAAUCUUUUUUUUAAAUAUUUUAAAUGGAAAUGAAUCUAAAAUAUUUUGUAGUAAAACUGCAGCCGCAUCUUAUAUUGCUAACGGCGUCGAUUCUGAUGUUUUGUCUCUGAACUGAAUUUAGAGUAUCUUCAUCUUUUUCUUUUCAACAUUGCUAAAAA